AGCGUCAUCUCCCUGCGCCGGCUCAGUUAGUGCCGUCGGUCGCAGCAUCCGCAGCUGUCAAGGGGAAAGCAGUGAUAUAAUUUGUGUUUACAUGUGAUUUUUUUGUUUUCCUCUCCGGAUUAUGUGUUUAUUGUGAGCCAACAAAGUAGAAACCAUGUCAGUGGGUUUGUCGCGCUGUCUCUGCAGGGUUUUAUCCCGACAGAUCCCUCCGCCGCGAGAUAAUGGUCAUGCCGUAAGAAGUCCUUGGUUUGCCUCGGUGAUGACGCUGAAGACAUCUGCUCCACUCAGAGCGGAGCCCAAGAAGAAGAAGAAGGUAGACCCCAAAAGGGAGCAGAUCAUGAAAGAGAGACUGAGGAAGAAGCUGAAGAAGCUGGAGAGAGUCCCACCGGAGCUGAUCCCCAUAGAGGACUUCAUCGUCCCGGCCAAAUGCCUGGAUGAAACAAGGGAGCGCUCUGUACCAUCACUGACCUUUGAGGAGAGUGAGCGUCGAGCUCUGCUGCUCAAGGAGUGGUCUCAUUACAAACAGAAACAGCACAUGGACGAAAUGGAAGCUAUUGAGCUUGCUCUGGAAGCCCAGAGGGAAGCACUGCAGGAACUGAGGAUGGAGUCCGAGGAGCUUUACCAGGCAGCGCUGAAGCCCGACCCCCUUCUCUUUCCCUUCAGUCACGAUGGACCGAGCUACACACCACCCAAGGACCAGUACAGCGCACCCGAUGGCAAAUACAGUGACAUCACCAGAGUCUACACUCAGUGAUGGAAGGAAAACAAACAAGUGGUGCAGCUAGCGGGUGUAUCGCCAUUUACUGCAUCUGUUUAUACACGAAUCAACCGGCCACAACGAUGAGCGAUCAGACACCGAGGCUCUGAACAGCCUAAGUGCAAAGAGGGGAACAGAUUUUUUUUCCUGAACUGUCAACAGGAGUAUGAGACUUACAGCUACUCAUCUAGUUAUUAUAGGUGUUUCUUCCUUGUUCAUACUUCUGUAUAAAACACAACAUGUGAGUAAACCAAUAUAAAUAAAGACUUUUUUAAUGA